CUGGGUCGGAAGGGCUGCAACAUGGCGGCGACCAUGGAGCUGUACUGCUGGGCUGGCGGCUGGGGGUUGCCGUCGGUGGAUCCCGACUGCCUGGCUGUUUUGACUUACGCCCGUUUCACAGGUGCACCCCUCAAGGUUCACAAAAUCACAAAUCCUUGGCGAAGCCCCUCAGGGACCCUCCCAGCCCUGAAGACAAAAGAUGAAGGCAUCAUCUCAGAUACUCAGCAGAUCAUCACCCACCUCCAGAAACAGAAAUUCAAUGCAGACUACGACCUCUCGGCUCGGCAGGGGGCCAACAUGCUCGCCUUUGUGUCCCUGUUGCAGGAGAAGCUCCUGCCUGUGCUGAUCCACACGUUCUGGGUGGACGCUAAAAACUAUGUGGAGCACACUCGGAAGUGGUGCGGGGAGGCCAUCCCCUUCCCACUGAACUUCUUCCUCCUGGGCUGCAUGCAGAAGCGGCAGGUAGAGCGGCUGCAGAUGGUCUGCGUGGAAAACUGCCUGGACAACGAAGAGGAGCUGAAGAAGGAGCUGUACCGGGAAGCCCGCGAGUGCUUGACACUGCUGUCCCAACGCCUUGGCAGGCAGAAGUUUUUUGGAGAUUCGCCUGCCUCCCUGGACGCCAUUGUCUUCAGCCACUUGGCCCCACUCCUGAAAGCCAAACUGCCCAACGGGAAAUUCCAGCAGCACCUCAAGUCCCUCCCAAACCUCUGCAAUUAUUGCACAUCCAUCUUAAGUCUCUACUUCCCCUGGGAUGAAGGCGACCCACCGCCCAGCGUCCCCAAGGCAGCCGCUGGGGACGGGAGCGACGCUGAGGAGGAGCCGCACAAGCGCCGCAACCAGGUCCUGUCGGUGCUGGUGGGCCUGGUGGCGAUGGUCGGCUACGCUCUCCUCACUGGCAUCGUCUCGGUCCAGAAGCAGCAGUCCCGGCACGGCGGCCCUCGUGCCAUUGCCCUCGAGGAGGAGGAAGAGGAGUGAGCUCCAGGGACCUGCUCUGCGUUCUCCAAACGGACCGUUGUUUUUGUACCUCGCUGGACCCAGACCGUCCCUGUCACCCCCUCAGACUCUACCCUCUCGUUCAUUCCAGAAUCAUGGGGGUGGGGACCCAGUCGGGCCCAAUAAACCUCAGUGAUCCAACCUCUGUCAGACAACUUGCUUUCGCUCUGCGUCGCCAACCUCUAAGUCGGAUCGAAACCUGUUGUUUGUGGGGAGAGGGCCGUUGAAAGGGUCCAGACUGGCCUUUCCUCCCCAUGAAAUUCGAGAUCCUGGAAGUUCCCAAACUGUGGUCCAUCGACCCUCGGCGGCCUUUAAAGCUUUGCUGAGGUAGUCCAUGGCAUUAAAUAUCCUUAUUGA